UUUGAGCGAGGAAAUAUUGACUUCCGGUCCUUACAGUUCCGAGUGCUAGAUGAGGCUGAUGAAAUGCUGAGGAUGGGUUUUGUUGACGAUGUUGAACUUAUUCUUGGCAAGGUUGAGGAUUCUAGCAAAGUCCAAACGCUGCUUUUCAGUGCUACAUUGCCAGUUUGGGUUAAGCAAAUAUCUACCAAAUUUUUGAAACCAGACAAGAAAACUGCUGACCUUGUUGGUAAUGAGAAAAUGAAAGCCAGCACCAAUGUAAGGCAUUUUGUCCUUCCCUGCUCUGUAUCUGCCAGAGCUCAGCUCAUUCCUGACAUCAUUCGUUGCUAUAGCAGUGGUGGACGCACUAUUAUUUUCACUGAGACAAAGGAUUCUGCUUCCACACUUGCUGGUGUGCUUCCUGGAGCACGUGCAUUGCAUGGUGAUAUACAACAGUCUACCCGUGAGGUAACUCUUAAUGCCUUCAGAUCAGGCAAAUUUUCUACACUUGUGGCUACCAAUGUUGCAGCACGAGGACUAGACAUUGAUGAUGUCCAGUUAAUUAUUCAGUGUGAGCCACCUCGUGAUGUAGAGGCAUACAUUCAUCGAUCUGGGAGAACAGGAAGAGCUGGGAAAAGUGGUGUUGCUGUGAUGCUUUAUGAUCCUAGGAUGUCAAAUUUUUCUAGGAUCGAAAGAGAAUCAGGUGUUAAAUUUGAACGUAUAAGUGCUCCACAGCCAUCUGAUAUAGCUAAAUCUGCUGGUGUUGAAGCAGCAGAAAAAAUCAAUGAAAUUUCAGAUAGUGUGAUUCCGGUAUUCAAAGCUGCAGCUGAAGAGUUACUCAACUCAUCUGAUUUAACUCCAGCAGACCUACUUGCUAAGGCAUUGGCCAAUGCUGCUGGUUACACUGAAAUUAAGAAUCGGUCACUUCUCACUUCAUUGGAAAAUCAUGUUACUGUACAGCUCGAGUGUGGAAAGCCCAUCUACUCACCAUCGUUUGCUUAUGGAGCUCUGAGGAGGUUUUUGCCUGAGGAGAAGGUUGAAUCUAUAAAGGGUCUUUCAUUAACUGCCGAUGGGAAGGGUGCUGUAUUCGACGUUGCUGUCGAAGAUCUUGAUGCUUUCCUUGCAGGGCAAGAGAAUGCUGCUGGUGUGAGCUUGGAAGUGGUGACCUUGUUGCCAAAUUUGCAGGAAAGAGAGCCAUCAAGAGGAAGAUUUGGUGGUGGCGGUGGUGGCCGUGGUGGCUUUGGUGAUAGGAAGAGGGCCUAUGAGAUUUAUAUACUAGUUUCAGUGCCGAACCCGCCUUUUGACGGAAUCCGACUAAUCCUGCUCGACCGGGCUUGCGGAUUAAGGCUGAAAGUCUUCCAGCGGGUGGCGGGGUUUGAACCCUUGACCUCAAGAUCACCACAGGUAGAAUUUAUAAUCAAUAGGAAUUUGAUUUUUGUUAGUAAAACUUUUAUGUCUGAAAUGCAAGAUAUUUGA